UUAAGCACUAAAAGCGGAAAUCACCCCCUAACAAACUAAAAUGAGGGAAUUGAACAGCCAUAAUAACCACAACUCAGAAAGGAUAAUAUACAAUCUUUAAUGCUCCAUUCAUAACCAAAGACACGAACAGUAUGGAAUAAAUUGUUCUCAAUGUGUGUGUGAUUUUUUGUUACACGACAUAAUAUGGCACAUCAGUUUUAUGGUAUCAUAACCAUACUAAUACUAAGAGGCGAAUUUUGUGUAUGCUCUAUAGGGUUCGGCGAUUCAGCCGCCUACUAGGGUAGUUCUCAUUUUUCCCUUCUCUUCGUUUUCAGCCGAUACGUUUGGACUGGAACGGAAGGUGGGUGCUGUUGUUUUAUAUCGGAAUUGCUUCGUGUCUCUCUUCUCUUCGUUUUCAGCCUCUAAGUUUUGGGACGAGCGAAGUUCAGCCGCAGGGAGAGUACGCUAAAAGUCACAAACAAUGGAGUUUAACCACCAUCAUUGUACGCUAAAAGUCAGAGGUUAUAGAGGAGUGUGACAUAUCCCCACUUAUGAGCUACACGGGCUGGCAACAUGGGUUUACAUUCAACUAUAUUGUCGGAUUGUCUCGUUAGAGACAAACGUAAACACUUAUGUGAAAACAAAUGAAACACUUGACUUGAGUUGGCUAAGUGUGGCGAACAUAGAUGAAUAUCGUGCACAAGUUAUCCCGUCUUUUGAGAACAAAAGAAUGAAUAUUCUUGAGAGAUUGGAGAAUUUAUUCGAGGCUAUGACAAUGCACAUGGAUGAGGAGGAGACAUGCCUUGAAUGGCUUCACGAUUUAUCAGACAUUUUAGAACCCGGUGGUUCUUUUUUCCACGAUGAGAAUGGAAACUUACCAUCUUCUGUUGACGCAUAUUUCAUCGCGAUGGGUAUAAUUAUUCUCCAACAACAUGAGGGUUCUUCAAUGAGUGCAUGUCUUUCACAAUAAUUUGGCAUUAUUCUCAACCAUUGACAGAUUUUUGUCAUUUUCUAGCUCGCCGCAAGUCAUUGAUCUCGAUUUCAACAUUUCGGGCCAAGAAGUAAAAUCAUUCGAUGAUUUUCUUCGAGUGUACAGACUCGACACUCAAAACGCGAUGCUUAUAGGUGAAGGUUCCUUUGGCAAGGUCUAUGAUGUUAACAUCCCAAUGCAGAAUGCAUUGAAUCUACAUCCGGGUAGAUAUGCAAUUAAGGUGUUUCAAAAGAGUUUUUCUGAUUUUGUGGCUAGUUCUUAUUGGCCUGAGACUUCAACUACUGAUGGUAUGUACCAUGAAAGGCUGAACAUGAAACUUGCAAUAGGAACGAACGAGUACUUUAAAUGCAUUGUGCUUCCUUUCGCAAACGGCCAAACUUUAGAAUCCCAUGCACAUGAUAUCAGUCGCACCAUGCCACAUAGCAUAUGUCGUAUAUUGUCAAUCAUCUACGAUGUGGCAUAUGGCCUACAUGUGAUGAGCAUGUCGGGCCUUUUAUAUAUGGUGCAUGGAGAUUUAAAGAUGAAGAAUAUCCUUAUGCAUGAUGACAGGGCGGUGAGAGCUGACUUUGGCACUCUUUCUUACAUAUCGGAUCUUCGGAGUGUCGUAGUUACAGGACGAAAUGGCAGAUAUUCAAAACAAAAAAGAUACCAUCUACUCAACCAUUGAUAUGAUGCAAGCAAUGGCGUGUUCAAUAAGCUUUGCUACCUAAGGUUGAAUGCACAAGUGCAUUGGUAAAUGAGCUGUUGUCCAUUGUCGCAUUAUUUCAGGUAAAGGCAAUUGAUGCAAGGAAAUUUUGAAAGAAUUUUUAAGGAGAAAAUAGGUUCCGACUCAGUAACCAACUUAAUACUUUCCGUGUAGAACAUGACUUUUAAUGACAUGUUAUCUUAUUCAGAAUCAGUCUCGGGGGAAAAGAGUGAUCAAACGUGAACUUGUGGGGCAUUGUUUUUUCUAGAAGUGAGGCAUUCAUACAGAGGCACAAGAUGAACAGCUCAAAUAUAACAUAUACUUAAUGUACUAGUGCGCCAAAGCGAUGUUGCUGCUUCUAAAUGCCAAAGAGCUUACAGAGUCAUCUAAUUAUCUCCGGUUGAUGCAGCCUCAUAAGUGUUUUAAGCCAUCUCAUUAGUACAUAAGUUUGUUUUAAUCUUCCCGGUAAGAAAUGUUAUACACAUUGUAAUGAAAUCAUGUAUUGGAUGUAUAUUAUACUACGUAUAUAUUAAUGGCAUUUUGUAUACUACUGUUU